AAUUCCUUAUCGUGUAUUUAAUUGGUUUUCCUUUAUGCAGGGUUCUACUUUGCUUAAAGCGGGCUCUAAAAAUCGCAAAUGCCGCUCAACAGAUGGCUAAUGCUACUCGGGGUAGUGGUGGUUUAGUUAUGCUGUUCAUUGAAAUCAUCAAUAAGUAUCUCUAUUUUUUUGAGAAGGGAAACAACCAAAUCACCGUCAAUACAAUCCAGGAUCUAAUGGAAUUAAUUACUACAGAGAUGCAAAGUGAUAAUGCGGCAACAGAUUCUGCUGCUGAAGCUUUCUUUGCAAGCACAUUGCGGUACAUCCAAUUCCAGAAACAAAAAGGUGGCGCAGUUAGUGAGAAAUAUGAACCUAAUGUUAGUUUUUUUGUUGAUCUGGGAGAACUGAAAAGUUAAAACUUGAGAAAGGGAAACAAACUCGGUAACAAUUGCUCUUCAAUCCGCUAAACUUGUGAGAAUUGUCGCCUUU